GUUCGGUGGACACGUGAGAGGAAGUUGUAUGUGAUGACUUGCGUGAGAAGACGAUUCGCCAAAGAACAAUUUUCUUCCAAAUACAGGAAGAAAAGCACAAUCUACCUGUUGCUUCAGGUGAUGGGGUUCUCGGCGGCGCUGCAGAGCAAGGCUGCGCACGAGGCCCUCCUCUGCCGCCAGGAUGCCGAGGUGCGCUUGCUCGAAGUCAUGCGGCGCUGCAUCGUCAGCAAGGUGCGCUCCGACCGCGACUACGCCCUGGCCCUGUCCGCCCUCGUCCAGCAGGGCCUCAAGGAGCGCGCCGAGGACCUGGCCGGGAGCCUGGUCGCCAAGGCGUGGCGCGGCAUGCUCGAAGAGCUGGACAACACGGGCAAGGCGGUGCGACAGAACGCCGACUGCCUGGAGAAGGACACGCUGGAGAAGCUCAACACGCUGCGCGCCGAGAAGCUCAAGGCCCGCAUGCAGUACAAGGAGGAGCACAACCGCAUCGCUCAGCAGUUCACCACGCUUUGA